CCACCUUCUUUGUUUUUCUCUGGACACAGCAUGCCAGCGCGAUGCAGUCGCCCCAAGGACGUGGCCAACGCGCACAUCGACGUGGGCGGCAACACGCUGCUCAACGCCCGCCUACGCUACACCUGCAACCCGGGCUACAAGCGCAAAGCCGGUACCUCCAGCCUCAUCCAGUGCAUCCUCCGCGAGGGUUCCACCGAACCCGACUGGACCCACACCACGCUGCAAUGCAUCCGGGACCCGGCCCUACCUCCGCAAACCCCCAGCCCUGAGCUCCCGACCGCGCCGCGCACCGAGAGGACGACCCAGAGGGCAGGAACCACUGAGGCCAGCCCAACCUCCAGCUCCUCUACAGCAACAACGCCCGGGCUGCCGGGAGCUGCCGGCCGGUCACCCGUGCCACCAGCGACUGACAGGCCGUCACCGGAGAUGCCCCCACUACUGGAGACAUCCACACUGGAAGAGGGGAUGGCCCCGGGCUCAUCUCUGGGGAUAACCCCGCUGCCCACCGCCCCCACGGACCACGCCGCAGUUUCCGUCCAGACCCUGGCCUCUUCCAUUGGGGUCCCUGUGCUGGUGGUCGCCGGCGUCGUGGCCUGCUGCUGCUGGAGGAUGAAAAUGCGCACGGGGCAGAGCUACGCGGUGGCGGUGACGGCCAUCCCCAUGGUGGCUCCCGCCGCUGAGAACAAGGAGAUGUUGCCGCCUGGCGUCUUCCCCACGGGCUGAGCACCCACCGCCGGGCAACUCGGUGCACCUGCCAGCCCGGAGGAUGCUCGGGGCUCGGAUGGAAAGCCGGACGCUUCCCUGAGCGGCGGUGGCACGUGGCAGAGCACGUCCUGGUCCCCAGCUGCCCUCCGCACAGAGCAUCCUCACCCCAGGGAGACGCAGCCGCUCUUCCCAGCCUGAACAAGUGACUCCCAUGGAUGAGACUGCUCCAGCACCCAAAGCCAUUCGCCGGUGAGCCCGCAACCGCAGCGAAGGGUGCCGGCGCCGUCCCGCCGCGGUUGCAGGAGUCGGCCCUCGUACGCAG